AAACCGGCGGCUACAGGGUGGGGCUACCAAUGCCAAUUUACAAUUUUCUAGUGUUCGUCAUAGAAUAGAAUUAGAAAACUCGGACGAACUUUCACUUGUUCAACUACAAAUGGCAACGACUAUGAUGGAGUCCAAGAAAUUACCGGCUCAUAAUAGUCUCUUCGCCCUCAAUCUUUCCUCUGUUUUUUCGUUCAAUCACUCGUUCUUGUUCGCCUAAACCAAGUUAGUGAUGAUGAGGUCCUGGAACCCUGCUUAUCCUCCAAAGGAUGCCAUACCAUGGUGUCGAGAGGCCAAGUCCUUCUGUACUUCAGUCAAAGUAAUUGGGAUUUCAGCAGCGUGCUUGGUGGGAUUCUUUGUUUUGUAUUCUGCAAUGGAAAACAAGCCUUUCUAUGGCCAGAGGACGAGUGACUCGGGGCCUUGGAGAAAAGAUGUUGAUUUCGAUGAUAUUAUAAGGCGGACCAGGGAAAUGGGAGAAUAUUUUGCCCAGCCAGUCCAGGAACCAAAGGACAAGCUUCUUGGUGGCCUUCUACCGGAAGGAUUAGAUGUAAAUUCAUGUGUAAGUAGGUAUCAGUCAGCCUUGUACAGAAAGGUACAGAAACACCAGCCUUCUUCCUAUCUGGUCUCCAGGUUGAGAAAAUAUGAAGCCCUGCAUAAACAAUGUGGACCAUUUACAGAGUCCUACAACAGAAGCUUGGAAUAUCUUAAGUCAGGAAGCCACAGCCAAUACACAAAUUCCACAGGUUGCAAGUACGUUAUAUGGACUCCCCCAAUCCAUGGUUUAGGAAACAGAAUACUUAGUUUGGCAUCUGCUUUUCUCUAUGCUCUCCUAACAAAUAGAGUCCUACUUGUUGAUCCAGAAAGUGAAGUUCCUGAUCUUUUCUGCGAACCAUUUGAGGUUUCUUGGUUACUUCCCUCUGAUUUCCCUCUAAUUGGCAACUUCAGUGGCUUUGAUAAAAACUCUCCUCAGAGUUUUGGAACACUGCUGAAAAAUAUUAGUCGUGGUAGUUCGAAUUCAUCUUCCCUGCCACCCUAUAUUUAUCUCCAUCUACUCCAUGACUAUGAUGAUGAUAACAAGCGUUUCUUUUGCAAUCAAGAUCAACCUGUCGUCCAGAAUGUGACUUGGCUGAUUGCCAAAUCAAACGUGUAUUUUGCACCAGCUCUUUUUUCAGUUUCAACUUUUCAGCAAGAAAUUAGCAGUCUCUUUCCAGAUUUAGGAACUGUGUUCCAUCACUUGGGCCGUUAUCUCUUCCAUCCCACGAACUUUGUUUGGGGGCUUAUCACCACGUAUUACGACACUAACUUAGCUAGAGCAGAUGAAAGGAUAGGCAUCCAAAUACGAGUAUUUGAGAAAGAUCCUGAGCUUAAAUUGUUAGAUCAGAUUAUGGCGUGUGCAGCGAAGGAAAAUCUACUGCCACUAGUGAAUGGGACAGAACCUGUUGCCAGCCAAUCUCUUAAGACUAAAGCUGUUUUGAUAGCUUCUUUAGAAUAUGGCUACUUUAAGGCAAUGAGAAGCAUGUACUGGAAACAUUCCACGGUCACAGGAGAAGUGAUUGAAGUACACCAGCCAAGUCAUGAAAAAUAUCAGUACAAUGAUAAAAAGAUGCACAAUAUAAAAGCAUGGGCAGAAAUGUAUCUGUUGAGCUUGACUGAUAAGCUGGUGACAAGCGCAGAUUCGACUUUUGGUUAUGUAGCUCAUAGUCUUGGAGGUUUGAAGCCAUGGAUCCUUUACAAGCCUGAGAAUCAUGUAGCCCCUGAUCCACCAUGUAGGCGUGCUGUGUCAAAGGAACCAUGUAUGCAUGCCCCUCCGUAUUUUGAUUGCAUAACAAAACAAUGGACUGGCCCAGGUGCUAAACUUGAUCCUCACGUACAGCAUUGCGAUGACAAGUGGUAUGGUAUUAAAUUUAUUGACAGAGAAGAGAACUUGUGACCUUUUUUUACAAAUCAUGAAAAAAUAGAAUCAGAUUAUAAUCUCUCUUGAGCACCUCACGUCUUGCAGUGAUCUAGUCGAAAUUUAGUUUCUUCUUCUAUCAUGGAUUGGCUGAAGACCACUUUACUACUCAAUUUUGCUACAGGGCUGUAGUCGUUUCAGUUUGACAAUUAAAACUAGGAAUUAGUGACAUUAAUUGGCCUCAGUAUUGCUACUGUAGGUCCUGUAAAUCAGUAAAGGCUGUAAUUUUGGAGAAGGCAUGAUAAUUUCAUUAGAAAUUUGUGACGUUUCUUGAUACUUUUUUUUUUCAACAGCCUGAAUCAGACUUUUGUUGUUUUAUAAACCUAAUCCCAGAAUUAACCUCAAAAGCCGGCAACUCUUGAGGCAAUCCCAGGGACUUAUAUCCCAACCCAAACCCAACCCCAACCCCGAUGUGGGACAAAUGUACCUAUAGGGGGGACCUGCUGCUAAGUGGGAUACUACCACCCAAUACCCUUUCAACCCUGAGGCAAUUUGUCUUUUUUCAACAGCCUGAAUCAGACUUUUGUUGUUUUAUAAACCUAAUCCCAGAAUUAACCUCAAAAGCCGGCAACUCUUGAGGCAAUCCCAGGGACUGACGUUUCUUGAUACUUGAUAGGGGAAUUUUCCAGAAGCUAUUGUAUUGUGCAUGCUUUGACAAUGCUAUUCCUUUCUUGUGCUUGUCCUUGGAAGUUGAUAGCAUAAAAGUGGACAAAGCAUUAAUCCUCUAGUCAUCAAGUGCAUCACCAGUUUUGUGCAAUAUGAACAAGAUAAGAGAUAUGAGACCUUAUGUAUAUUUCAGAGAAGUAUGACUGACAUUUGCACAAGAUAAGAGAUAUGAGACGUUAUGUAUGUUUUAGAGAAGUAUAACUUACAUUCCUGAUGUAAAAAGCAACAAUUUUUUUGCAGAUGUAGGUAGCAAUAUGAUGUAAAUGAGUUUUAAUAUGUCUCAUAGAGUUGUGCAGCUGUAAAUGGAAUAGUUUUUGCAGCAUCAAGAUUGGAGUUGUAGUGUUUAAUUGUUCCUGUAGAUUAAGUUAGCUUGGUUCCAUUGCUGCACCUGCAGCAUAUUGGAAUCAUAUUAUAGUGCUAUAAAUCCAAAUGAGGUUCUUUAA